CUUCACUUUCUCGCAUCACCGCAAGAAAUGUCGCUUGGGGCAAAGUUUGAGCCCAUUCCGCUCGGAGAGGACGAUGAAGGAGAUAUGGAACCGGAUACCAGCAGCGAGUCUGAAGACAACUCCGACAAUGAGUCUGACAACGAUGUAUCGAAUAACCACGACCCAUCUACGGAGCUCGAAAUUGAGGGCGACUUCGAUCGUUUGGUGGACCGCAUCAAGCUCUCACAGGGUCUAUCGACGGGGAUGCUUACGAAGGAUUGGGACCUGAAUAUGCAAGAGCAAGAAGCUCAGUUUCGAGACGACCUCAGAGCGGCAUCUGGCGUUGGUAAACGACGCGGCAAGCAGAAGAAAAAAGACCGCGCUUACGGACCAACACUUUCUUAUGAGGUUAAAUCUCUUCUUGGGGAUGGAAACCAGGCAUAUGUUGACGGCAAUAUCCCCGAAACUAUUCGCCUAAUGCUCGAAGUCAUUCGUAUCGAGCCUCGGGCGGCUUCGCCAUGGUCUGUGCUUGCCCAAUGUCACGACGACAUGGGCCAACACCAACAAGCUUUACAGCUGCGCAUAAUGGCCGCGCAUCUACGCCACGAUGAAGAGGAAUGGGAGCGGUUGGCUCAGCAAUCCAAAGACCUGGGAUACAGCCGACAAGCACUUUAUUGUUUGGGAAAGCUCACGAGUCUUGAUCCUACCAACGUUAACGCACAAUGGGAACGCGCUCUUCUUUCCAAAGAAUUAGGGGACUUCAAAAUCACUCGUCAUGCUUUCCUCAGCAUACUGAAGCAAAUUCCACACGAUCUUAACAUUCUCGCAGAGCUUCGCAUGAUUCUCAUAGAAUUGUCUGAUCUCAAGACAUGCACCAAGCUCUUCAAAGCUGCCUUUGAACAUUACCAAGAUCUCUAUCCCACCGGACUCGGCCCUGAUUCAGCGACACAGGAGGAGAUACCUGGCGGUGGUUUUGGCUACUUGGAGGUUUUAGUGUUGGCAGAUCUCCUCAACACCACUGGAGCUUACGGUCGCGCGGUAGACGUGAUUCGACAAGGUAUUAGGUGGCUCCAAGGCCGUUCGCAGCAAAGGUAUUGGGACAUUUGUGACGACGAUAGGGAGUACGAUGCUCCGGACACCGUUCGCGUCAUCGAGGGAGGACCCCAACCCGGCGUCUUUCCGCUCGAUAUCAAUGUUCGACAUCGGCUUCUCAUUGCCAGGAUUAAAAUGGGCGAGCUUGAGGAAGCCAAGUUCCACGCCGCUUCCAUAUUGGCAGAAGAUAUUCUGGACUAUGCUCCGCUUUUCGUGGAAAUCGCAGAUGCGUAUUUUGAGCGAGAACUUUAUGGAGAAGCUCGGCCAAUCUACGAAAUGCUGGGUGCGGAAGCCAGUACCAGCAGUCUGUAUAUACUUUUGCAAACAGCAGCGUGCCUGCGUAUGUUAAACGAAUACCGCGAAGCUGCCGAUGUUUACGAGUACAUCCGCGGCAUCGAGCCUACUGAUAACGACGCAAAACUCAAACUGGCCGAAAUAUACGAAAUACUCAAUGAACCGAGGAAAGCCCUUGAGAUAGUCUAUGAAGUUAUCGACUCUCGAAGACGAUCGCUGAUCGAUAAGACACUGGACAGCGAUGCUUCACGGACAGACCAAGCCUUGUCUUCCUCACUCUUCCCGGAAGGUCAGCCAGCUGAGAAGACCGGAACAUCUAAAUCCACCAAAUCGCGUAUGACAACCGAGGCUCUGAAGCAGUUCGAACUCGAGAUGGAAGCAGAAACCAUCAAAGGGCACCAGAGGCUUAUGGAGCUAUAUCCCAACAUUCGGCGGGAUAGUGAACCCAACGACGACGAACGCGAGUGGAUCAUUCAGGCCGAGAAGCUUAUUGAAGCCUUUCGAGAAACCAGACAGCUCUUUUCCACCAGUCGACAAGGGUUUCGAGGGCUCUUCCCCAAAAAAGCCAAGCCGACAAAAACUCGUAAUUCCGAGGCGGAUGAGUUGCGAUUUGCCUCGCGAUUGCAACUUGAAUUGGAACCUGGGCGGACAACUAGAUUUGAGAAUUCGGAUAUUUUUCGAGGCUUGAACUUUCAACAAUGGCUACAGCUAUUCUUUCGGUACUCGUUUCUUUUAUGUUUGCGUGGGCAAUUUGCCUCGGCAGAGGAAUUGCUCAAGCACAUCCUCUUGUCAAACCCAUUCCAUUCAACGGAACUACAAGAUUCGAUCCGGCUGACGCUCAUGGCCUGUGCAAUACAUGCCAAACAACCUGCCGUCGUAGUGGAACAAUUCCGCAAAAUCAUGACUGCACACCAAUUCAACAACGAGCCACUACGCAUCUUCCUCGCCGGCAUGGCCAGCGGGGUACAGAUGACGGAUGCCUUUAUUGUGUCGCCGCUACAAAAAGCUCUUUCGCGUGAAAUGCGGCUUUCUAACAUGGUCGCGACCAACCCCGAGGAGAGUCAAAUCAAGUGGCUACCUAAGCGAAAACGAUUCGGGCAGUCUACUACAAAACAGGACGAUGACGACGACGGGGACCUACCAGACGACGAAAUCGAAUCCUCAAAAAGCUAUCAGAGCGCGCUAUUUUACCUUGUGCACGCCUACGAGCUCUGCCCAAGUGAUCCGGUGAUUUGCAUGAGCCUCGCUGUUGCUUCACUAGGCCGUGCGAUGCAGCGACAAGCGGACAACCGCCACAAUCUGGUCGCACAAACCAUGGCGAUGCUGUCCCAAUAUCGUCAAACGCGGCGCGAGGAGCCCGAUGGUGUCGGCGAGAUCGACUACAACUUUGGUAGGGCAUUCCAACAAAUAGGACUGUUCUCGCAUGCCGCCACACAUUACGAACGAGUGUUGGAACAAGCUUCUAGGCUCGAUUCGCGGCGCGACUCGUUGGCCCAGGAGGCAGCGUUCAACCUUGCGUUUAUUUAUGUGACGACCGGCGCAACCUCUCUUGCCAAAGGAAUCUAUAGGAGGUGGCUCUCAAUCUAA